AGUUCACAAAGAACCAAGCGAGCGCGAGACUUUCCCUGCGAGGGCGCAGCUGGCUCUGCUUCACGCUGUUUCUGCUGCGACAGCCACCCACAUAAUCUAUCCUGGUAUAUAAUUUCAAGCCUCGUGCAGGUGCACGAGCACGUGCGUAUCUUCUCUACUUACGUACGGAAGCAUCAUGAUGAUACUCAUACAUGUGUAUGUGUAUGUGCUGGAACAAGCGAAGUAUGGCUCUGCUCCGAGCACGUGCGUCUACCGUCACGACGAUAACAGACUUUGCAGGAACAAAUGUAGACAUAGAGUGUGAUUUGUUUUUGAUUGGUCGUCGUCAGUGUGUAGAAAAACGUGUAUCAAAAUCAUGUCAAGACCGAACAUUUCCGCAGGAAGACAUGAGCUGUCUGACUCCGAGUGUUUGAAGCCGCCGAACAGGUCGCCGCCUUAACAAAUGCGUCCCAUUUGGAUGAGCACAUGGCCAUCGACCGACGUGGUUCGUCCGCUCCAAUAGCAUUGGCUUGGUGCCAACACCCGACACGUUAGCAGGCGUUGCGUUUCGCUUUCCACUCGGCGACGAAGCCCACACAGAACCACCUCUACUUCCACAGACGAGAAGAUGCUGGUGCCCGUUACUGCGGAAAAAUGCCUGCACGCCAAUCUCCGCCUGUUGCGCAGGCUCGUGCAGGCGGCGGAGGUGUGGGCACUUCGCACGGGGCAGCGGUUCGGUUUUCAAACUGCGUCUUCUUCUGUUCUGGCAAUUCUGGUCGUUCUGUACAUUGCCAUGUCGCGAAAAGCGAGGAGCGUUGCCAUGUUUGACGUUUUUGUCCGCUUGCCGAUUUUCCUGGUGCCCUUCGUCGCGUUGCGUCGCACGGUCCGGUUGUUGAUGACCCGGCUGCAGCGCGAGAUGUUUGCGGCGGAGGGGUUGGGCGAGCACAUUUGGCUGAGUGGGGGAGACUCGUCGGUAGGCUUUGAUCAGCACGUACCGACAAAAACAAGCAAACACGUGGACCCCUACGUGUCGGACCUUCUUCCCACCGCGGCGCUGAUGAUCGGGCGGCAGGGCACGCAGAAGCUGGAUUUCUAUGUCGCAGUGAUCCGCGACUAUUUGAAAUCUGUUUUCCGCUUCAGCCAGGGUGUGGGGAAAAGCGCCUUGAAAUACCUGGUCGGCGUGUGGCUCUCCGUGGAACUCGGGUUCUACAUCUGGUUCUACUUCAAAAAACGCGGACUAAACAAGCGCGAGCACCAGUUUCCGCUCCACUCGUCCAAUACGAAAACACGCCUGGAGCUGCUCAUGUGGUGGUUGGACACGCUCGACCGUGCGGCCCUGGCGCGGCUCGAAGCGGCGUCACAGCACGAAGCGGAAACAGCACCGACGCUGACCUCGGAGCUACACGAAAACGACAGCAUGCGAUCGUCGUCUCUUCACGACCUCAGGGUACUGAUUUAUUUUGUGGCCUCGUUUCUUUCUGAAUCAGUAACAGUAUCAGAAAGAUCACAGGAUGUCUCGCCGUGUCAUCUCACAAUGAAAGAAUAGAAAAGAUUCAUUAAGACUAAGUUAGUAGAUGUACGAAGCUACAACAUGUAAACGUACUCCAGGAGCACUCCGGUAUUGGUGUGGUUUCCAGUGCCGAGGAGCUUGCGGAUGCCCACGGCUCCAGCCCACGCCUUGUGCGCGCUGCGCCACCGCCGAAAGUGGCGAGCAGAGCUCGACUGCUUCUUGGGCAGCGGUUGAGCGUCUUCGACGAAGGUGACAACACAAACUCUUCCACUGUCGGCCGCUUUUCUAAACUGGCGCGGAGCUACAGUAUGGCCGACGCGUUCGCUUCUGUCAAUAACAGUGUUAAUACGCCCACCGGCGCGAGUAACGCUACGACUAGACCGCUCAGCAAAAGCGGCAGCUUCACCAAGCACAUGGUCCGGCGACAGGCAAGCUUGGACACUUCGGGCUCCGACGGCGGGCCCCCACUCGUCAUUCCGGGUGGAGGGCGAAGUGGCCUUCAAUCGACCAACUCGCGCAGCCACGGCCGAAUCACACCCAUCGCCGGAAGCCGGAGUCACGCAGUCGUGUUUCCUCCACAACUUACAACAUCGAACGAUCAUGGCGCAGCAGUAGGGUCUACUUCAUCAUCUUCUAGGACGUUGCAGCGACGCAGCAAGGAUUUUCUGCAACUCCGGCAAACUAUGUCGUCGAAAGGAGUGCUGCUUCCUUCUGUUUGCAGCAAGGUUGAUCUGCAGGCCUACACAUGUAUGAUGGAACGGGAGUUCAAGUCACAUUUCGAUGAGUCACAGCUCGCCGGUAUAGGAAGGCGCGGGGAGGACGACCUUGACCUGGAUGACGACGUUCCCGCACUGGAUUUGCCGCCUAGAGAGGCUCGCUCACGCGAUGCGUCGAAGGAGUCAGCUGGGACGCGACAACAGGACGUAAUCGAGAGGAGCCCGAAUGCCCACAACAGAAAGCUCGGUGAACAAAGUGAUACAGGGGGACCAAUGUCGAAAAAAACCGCAGGGCCGAUUGCGAGGCCAAGGAAUAAGAACGGGGAGCUGGUGCACGAAAGAACUUCUGUGGCCUCGAACGCGUCUGCGUUAGGUACCGCACUCGAAUUUGGUCCUCGAAGCAAGAAUGAAUUGACAAAGCAACUCACUCGCAUGGCGUCGAUGCUUCCGCGCGCGUCGCAGGUCAGCGUCAUCGCGCCCGCCCGCCAUGUCGUCUCCAAAAGCGUGUUGGCAUGGCGAGACGUGCUGAAACUCUUCAUCGUGCAGAUCCGGCGGGCCUUGCCGUUUAGCUUGGCUAUUAAGGUUGGAGACUUGUCUUCGGGAAUAAUUGGCGUGUUUAAGCCACUUCUAAAUCUCCUGAUUAACAUGAACCCGCUGCUGAGCGACGACCUGGUUUCCGUGCUGACGGUCGACCUAGAGUUCGCAGCGAGCGGGUACGGCCAGGAAACGCAAGGGAUGGAGGCAAUUCUGCACGCGCUAGAGAAAGAAGACAACGUCAUGCUGCUGCCGACCUCGUUGAUGGACCUGCGACGUGCGGAGUUCGCGUCAUGGUAUAGCAAAUCGUUAUUUUCUUGAGCUCGACCACGAGGACGACGAGCGCAGCUGAAAGAAGACGUUAGAAAGUUUGACCAUGCAGCCUAGAAACCAGUACAACUUAGCUUCGAAACUUAGUAAGUUGUACUCUUUAGCCAUUUUAUUUGCAACGGCAGCUGCACCUUAUCAUGCUUUGUCACUAUCAGGUUCACCGACGACCUGGUUUCUAACUGGGCCGACAUCUACCGCCCCGUCGACCUGCGCCUGGUGUCCCGAAAAGACGUGGAGGAGUGGGUUGCAACGCACUGGUUCGAAGCCCGCCUGCUCGCGGACAUCAUGCGCGCGUCGCCAGAAGAGUACAGCGAGCUGAAGGAGAUGGCCAAAUACGUCAUCAACUGGGCCGAAGUGGGGCAAAUUUUGUCCAAGAAAAAAGUGAAGGCCUGGUGGAACUGCUACCAUGACGAACUGCCCGUGCUCUACCGUCCGGCGCUGGUCUACUUCACCACCACACUGGUGCUUCCCGGCGUGGAGAAGUACCUCUUUUCCCUCGAUUUUCAGCCGGAACGGAUCCAUAUCCUGUGCAAAAGUAUCGUACUCGUACUAAUUGCAUUCAUGCAUUACAAAUCUCUUUCUCAAGGUAAAUCAGCAUUAGAAAUUGAAUUUUUAAUGCUGGGCUAAUUUGUAAUGCAAUUUCUACUAGAACUAGUACGUGUACGACUACGAUGCUUUUGCAUUGCAUAAUCCAAGCGAAGAAAGCCGAGUUGUUAGUCUUGCAGAGAAGCCGGAGAAAUGCCGAGAAGGAGAAGUCAGGCAGCAAGCGAAGUGCAGCGAAAAAGAACUUGAGCGCACUCGUCGCGGCGGAGGAGCUCGCGCAGAAGAGUCAGAGCAUGCUGCCGGCGUUCGUCCAGUCACUAGUCGGGUUUGGCGGCUUUGAAGAGAAGUAUCGCGGCACGAUGCGAUACUUCUACCGGCGCGCGACGAACCCAAAAGCGACCCCAAAGCGGACGAGCCGUGUAGCUUUUUCGUCCUCUACAGGCGGAAAGAUGACCAAGAUGAGAGAAGAAGAUCCGGAAAUCACGACGAGCAGCAGCCCGGAGAAGCCAAGCACGCACGACCAAGAAUAUAAUCUGUUACACGGUGCUGGCGGAACAUCAAUGUCUUCAAGCGGAAUGAGAACAACUAACUCCCGAGGCGUACAACUGGCUGGUCAGAGCAGCAUGAUGCCAAAUAGCAGUAGCCGUACCACCCUGAAUAUCGGGACACGCGUGCCGUCGCAAGCGACGUUAGACUUGACGGGAAACCUGGCGACACCCUCGCAGCCCAUGCGGUUUUCGCGGCAACACACGUCCGAAGACGGCCCGAGUUCUCUAUUUGGCAAUGAGAAGCAAGAAGAACAACAAACUUUCGUCGAGAACAACAAUCGGCCUCUCCCCUUGGUCCUGUGCCACGGGUUGGGGGUCGGUUUGGUGGGGUAUGGUACCAUGGUGCGCGGUAUGGUCGAGACCUUCGGGGAGGAAUACGACUUGUUUGUGUUGUCAGAGCCCUGGGUGAGCAUGCGGGUCUACGACGCAGUUCCCACGGGAAGGGAAGUCGCGCUCGCGAUCAUGCAUGUGCUGGAUUUCCACGGCUACCAAUCCGCGCAUUUUGUCGGUCACAGCUACGGCACGGCGAUCUGCAGCUGGUGCGUGAAGCACGCGCCCAGCAUGGUAAAGAAGUUGACGUUGCUGGAUCCGGUGUGCUUCCAGACCCUGAAGACCGCCUUGGGCACGAUGUCGGGCACGUUCCGCGAGCCCGGAAACAUCGUGGACGCAGUGAUUUCCUACGUCGCGUUUCGCGAGUUGUUCACUGUCUUCGCCAUGUCGUGGAUUCACUGGCAGGACACGGAGCUGUUCCCCGAAGUGUUGCCGCAGGGCCAAACGCUCGUGUUUUUACAAGAAAACGACAGCAUCGUUCCGGUGCAAACCGUCCGCGGCUACCUCUCCGAGUACGAACCGUUGCUGAAAAUCGUCUACAACCCGGGCACGUUUCACGCGUGCUUCCUGCUACCCCAGUUCAACUACCUCCUGCAAACGGUGCUGUGCGAGAUCCUGAGUUUGCACGAGAAACCAGAUCAUGCUUUUGGGGGCGCUAGCGCCAUGAACGACGCAGCUCUACUACCGGGGACGAGUAACAACGGAGGCGCUGGAGUAGAAAUGCAAAUGAAUGCAAGUUCUUUGAACGAUUUCCCCUUGACUUUGACCAGCGACUUGACGAUCCGCAGUUCGGGGCAGGAUUUGAGCGCGUUGUACCAGCAGCAUGCCCCGGUGAUACUAGAAGAGGACGACCACGUGGAGGAGGAGAUCGCCCAUCUCCUGAAAGUCGGGCACGAACACGAGGAAGCCAUUGCCGAUCUUAGUCGAGCGACAAGCAAGAACUACAGUGAAGACGACGAGCGCGAACGGGAACGGAGAACCAAAAUAUCCAGCCCCCGCAACGUAAUCCUAAUCAGUCCACCGCCGGGAACUACAAAGCCUACUCUCGAUUCCGUACUAGUGCAACCUCCACCGGUGUCUACCCCAGGAUCCGGCUUUGCCACGAACAUCGUCCAACAAAUGAGCUCGCCGACCGAGAGUGACAGCUACAGCAACAGCGCCGCCAGUGAUUAGAAAUCACUUGAAUGAUGUUGUGCGAGAAAGAGCAUCUCCACCAGCCUAAAGUGGGGGACAGUACUCGCAGCACUGUCGCAUGCUGCCUCCUGGGACUGCAACAUGGGCCGCCACGACGACGCCGUCGCUCCCGUUUCGGUUUCGCAUUGGAAAACUGAUUGUUUCGCAAAUUUUACCAAUACUGUUCGUUCUUGUAUCGAGCUACUCGCUCCAUCUUUCUCCGCUACAAGGAAGUAUGUUUGUCUUGUAUAGAUAUCUGUACCCAGCAACAGCAUCCACAACGCACAAUUUGAUAGUUUGACAAAAUGUAGCUGUGUCAUAAGCGGUCGCUAAGCCUAAAUGUCCCUCCACCCUCACCACAUAACCACCGGAUUCGCCAGAACCUCUUCGACAAGUUUCCGUUUCAAGUUCCAUUUUAUCCGAAUGCAUACAUUUGAUGAUGCGAGUUCGGCAUCUUCUUCAACUAUACAGGCUUUGCCCCAAUUUGAGGAUGCCUGACGCCCCAGAGUGUGACAGGUUUUUGAAAAUUGACCGUGUUCGCAAGUACUUAGUUUGUGUUCGAGUGAUGAUGGUGUCUCCGCGGCAUGUUGAAAAGAGUGAAUUGGUGUUGUGGACGUCUUGAGAGAGCACGAGG